AUGAUUCCAGGCAAGAUACGCCGGGACGGCACCAAGGGCCGCUUCGAUCCAUCCGAGCCACUUCACAUGACCACGCGGCAUGCCGCUCGCAGUGUUCGAGUCAACAGUGAUCCAUCAACCAUUGGUUCUUGCGAAGACGACGACAAUCGUCGACCAUCUUUCGACGAAGUCCGUCCGACUACUUCGAGAAGUCUUGGCAGUCCAACGUCUGCAGAGGGUAGGCGUAUAUCGGGAACUUCUACCAACAGCGCCUCUGAACUACUCCCACCUUUCGAACCUCGAUCUUCUGAUAGGAAACGUCGACGAAGUAGCGGAAAAGCUCUGACACCGGAUGGCCACCAACUAUCUCCCGUAAGAAAACGGAAACGUUUAUCUCCAACGCCACAGCCGGAUACGCCUAACGGUUCCGACACCAUUGUCACUCCUUCUACAAGCCAUUUGGACUAUGAGUCUCAUCGUCAAUUCAUUGAAGUUGUUCCGCCAGAAGAUCUUUCUGAUCGAGGUGGGGGAGGCAGCUCUCCCUCCGGGUCUGAUGAGCAAAUGGCUGGUGACUAUCUGGGAGUCGCCGAAUCUACAGAAUUCACUCCUGCCGCUUCGGAAGCUGUAUCUCCUGCAUCUGAAGAUUCAGAUACCGAGCUUGCCUCCCCUGUCAAAGACGCUAUCAAGGCGGCAUUUCCACAAGUCGAAAUUGCCGGAGCGGAAAAUGUCGAUGACGGCGACGAGCUUGCAGAAGCUGACGAAGCCGAUGAUGUUGAUGAUGUCGAAGAUGUCGACGACGGCGACGAACACGCGAGGGUGUAUGGCGAUGGCUUCAUUCGACGACGAUGGGCUGGGCGCCGACGGGCGGAUCAUCCAUUGCCUGAGAUCGAGGCAACCAUGCGGCGACAGCUCGCCCUCAAAUCUGCAUACCGUGCUAUAUGUCGCUCUCUCAAACCUGUUCUUGCUGAGAUAGCGCUCAAGACGGUUGAAGAGCUUCAGACAAAUCCCACCAAGCAUGAAGAGGUGGUUGAGUUUCAAGGCACCGACGACGAACCUGGAAUCCAAAAGCAGCUUGACCAGGCUUUGGAGAAGCGAAAACAGCAGAUCCAAGCCCAGCUCAAGUGGAACAAGCAUCUGUUGGAAGACGCACAUGCYGCCGAGACAGAAGUCAGACAAGCUAAGUGGCAAUUAAAAGUCGAACAGAUGCGCGACCUGCAGUUCGAUAAGUUGGAGUACGACAUGUUGACAAUCGCCCGUCAAGCGCAACUCAGUGACGGUCUUGCUACCUACGAGACAGACGAUGAAGAUGGCGAUAUUAUGCCUAGACCAAAAGGCGCCGGUUACCGCUUUGUACGGACAAAGGCACUGGACCCCAAGUACGACUCGCGGAGCAGACUAGCUUUAGAGGCCGAGCGUGCCACUGAGGACUUGCAUGCACGCUAUGAAAUGACCAAAAUGCUGCAAGACUACAAGGAAAGCGAAGAGCUCGACAAACGGCGUGGCUUUACCGUCAUGGAUCCUCGGGCGCGCAACGCUGCCAUUGCCCGAAGCACGAGCAUACGAAAUACCCAUACGCUUGCAAGUGCCGCAGCCGAAGUCGAGCUCAUUGCGAACAAGCCUGUCAUUCCUAAUGCAGAAGCGCAUGGAUUGCAGAUGCUCGGCGAUCUUGCGAGUCGACCUUCAAUUCGCGCUCCAGAGCCAGGUCUUGAUAUGCAACCCAUUGGUAUCAAUCAUUACAUUGAUCCAAGGCCCGCCKCGCAUAUGCCACCUCCUCUGAAGCGAAACCAUGUCUUCGACAUAAUCAGUCUGCUCCAACACGAUUUGUCCAAGAAUCAUCAGCCUGGGACUCAACAGCAGCAGCAACCGAUCGAUCUGCCUGGCUUGUCACAACCAUCGCCUAGGAGAAGUAGUGUUCCAGACCCAAUGUUCAGAGAGCCCGGUUUAAUGUCACCAAUACCGAACGCUGGUGGUGCGACUGCGUUUCCAUCCCCUUCGACAGUGUCAAACUCUUAUCCCGCGUCUAAUCAGUCGCGGGAGACUGAACCUACUUUCCAUCACACCCGCCACGCCUCACUGGGAACCCCUGCGCGAUCUAAUCCACUUCAAUUCGCCUCGAAUAGCAUCGAAGCUUCUCCGAGGGAGUGGAUGCAGCCAUCACCUGGUCAAAUGCCACAAAUCCAUAUCGCGCCUAUCAACCCACGCUUAUCACACCCCUUCUCACAAGAAGGCCCUUUGAACAUCGAGCGUGUCAAGCCUGAGACUCAAGGGGGUCUGCCAGCUCCUCCUCCUCCGCUACCUCCUCCCGUGGAUCGUUUCAACGAUAACUCGCCUUCCAAUCAUCUGCUCGCACGACCUAUCCAGCAGUCACAAUCUCAGUCACAGCGGGAAGCGCCUCCUAAUGCCGAGCCUGGUGCGGCAGACUCGCGAACUCAUCCCCCAACAUCACCGCGUGGACAACCGAGGGAUGAAAAUGCAAGCACGCCAGCACGAGCACCUCGAUCUCGCGCAUCUUCCAUGAAGAGUCAGUCCACAAACCGUGACUACACACCCGACGUUGCGAGCGCUGCAGAAUCCGCGCAACGCCACAAGGACCAACAGCAUGAGAGUAUGGGCAAGUUCCCGAGCAAAAUGAGCAAGGAGCAGCGUGAUGGCCGAUCGAGGAGGCAACAAAAGAACAUCAAUCGAUCCAGCCAGGGUAGUCCAGCGGUUGAUGCAAAGCCGAAUGUGAUGAAGUAUCAUCUCAACUCAGUCACACCCGCUGUCAAGAACGAGGGUACUCUGGGUCGUUGGCGUCUUAACAAGACGGUAACGGCCGAGUCAACACCCCAACCACCGGCAGCGUGGCCCAGCAAUACUCCAACCCCUGGAACUCCAUACUAUUCACCGCAGAAUGCAUACAAUGCGCCGCCACGCCAUCAGCAGCAUCCCCCCUCAGUACCUCCUCCUCUUCCAGGGUUCGCCCUACCGUACUAUCUUGAUCCCAAUCACGGUCAUCGGAGCAGCCUUCCAGGUCCUGGUCUGCAACCAUGGCAUCAAGCUCCACCAAGCCCGUCCGUGUUUGGGCCGCCGCGGGGUGCUCCGCUGCAGGGCUUCCCACCACCGCUCGAACACUGGCAGCAACAGCAACAGCAGCAGCAGCAGAAUCAACAUCAACAGCAGCCCCAAUACGCCCAAUUGAACCCGGCCAGAGGCCCACAAGGUACUAUGCAACCGGCGACGGCGUCCGUCACUCAACAAUAUGGCGGGCCCACUAUAGCGCCUGCUACAGGACCGGCGGACUCAAGAGCUUUGUACAGUAAUGCUGGUUCGAAUCAUUUACCAGCAUUCGCUCAGCGAGGUCAGGACACAAACUCUCGAAAGCGGGCACAAAGCGAUGCGCCAUCGGCGGGCGCCAAGUUCCUCGCGUACGUUCCAAAGGGAGGAAAGCCGUCGCGUUCAUAG